AUAUAAAAGACUAAAGUUAACUACUAUUUAAUACAGUUCAAAUCCACUUUUGGUAUUUAGAGCAUUUCUAACACAUAAUAUACAAUGGCAUUUAAGUUCAUCACUUUCUUCGUUGCUUGCCUCGCUGUUGCCAGCGCUGGUGUCAUCCCCGCAGCUGCUCCUUUGGCCGCCGUUGCCCAAGUUGAAGAAUACGAUCCUCAUCCCCAAUACUCUUACGGUUAUGAUGUUAAGGAUGCCAUCUCUGGUGACUCCAAGACAGCUGUUGAAACUCGUGAUGGUGGUUUUGUUCAAGGUCAAUACUCUUUAAAUGACGCUGAUGGUUACAGACGUAUUGUUGACUACACUUCCGAUCCCAUCAAUGGUUUCAACGCUGUUGUCCGUCGUGAACCUUUGGUAGCCGCUGUUGCUGCUCCCGUUGUUAAAGCUGCUCCAGUUGUAGCCGCCCCUGCUGCCGUUCCCUUCACCUAUGCCGCUGCCCCUGUUGCCAAAGUCGCUGCUCCCUUGGUUGCUGGCCCAGCUGUAGUAAAAACUACCUUCGCAUCUCCUCUUAUCUCUUAUGCUUACUAGAUAAUUGAUUUUGGAAUGAUUGCGACUGACAUUUAAAGAACUUUAAUAAAAAUGUGAUGAUUGUUUAAUUUUAUUUAAAAAAAUAUAUUAAUUUUUGCUUU